UUUUUAUUUUAAAGCAGUAUUCCUUAAAGAUCUAUAUAUUCGUUGAAAUUCUUAUGACCCUCCCAAUGACCCUAGAGACCGAAAUCUCACAUGGAAUUUACAUGGGAGCCCAGAUCACUGAAGACAAUUUGAGAAAGUUUGAGUGCUCAGAUUUCCUGACCUCAAAAUUCAGUGCUUCAGAAACAAAAUGGUGUGGUGCUGACCUAGGAAGGACACCAGGCCGAUGGAAUAGGAGGGCCUGGAAGUGAGCCUGUGUGUCUGUGGUCUGGCUGUCUACAAGAAUCGCUCAUCAUAGUCUCCCAGGAACAGUGCUGGACAACUGGACAGUCACAGGAAUGGAGUUGGAGACCCGAACAUGUCCCACCGUAUGUGAAAACGCCAGAGACCUAAGUGUAGGAGAUUUUACCGAGAUGAUGAGAGCCUUGGGGUACCCUCGACACAUUUCUAUGGAAAAUUUCCGCACACCAAAUUUUGGACUUGUAUCUGAAGUGCUUCUCUGGCUUGUGAAAAGGUAUGAACCGCAGACCGACAUCCCGUCUGACGUCGAGACUGAACAGGACCGAGUUUUCUUCAUUAAGGCCAUUGCCCAGUUCAUGGCCACCAAGGCGCACAUAAAGCUCAACACCAAGAAGCUUUAUCAAGCAGACGGCUAUGCAGUGAAAGAGCUGUUGAAGAUCACCUCUGUGCUUUAUAACGCUAUGAAGACCAAGGGCCUGGAGGGCUCUGACAUGGGAGAGGAAGACACCAGCAAGUUCAAGUUCGACCUUGGCUCCAAGAUUGCUGAUCUGAAAGCGGCCAGGCAGCUCGCCUCCGAGAUCACCUCCAAAGGAGCGUCUCUGUACGACCUGCUGGGCAAGGAGGUGGAGCUCAGGGAGCUGAGAACAGAAGCAGUUGCCAGACCGCUGGAAAUAAGCGAAACUGAAAAAGUGAUGAGAAUUGCAAUAAAAGACAUUUUGUGUGCCAGGCCCGCCUUUAUGGACGAGUACGAGAAGAUUGAGGAAGAGCUGCAAAAGCAGUAUGACGUGUAUUUGGAGAAAUUCCGCAACCUGACUUACCUGGAGCAGCAGCUCGAGGACCAUCACCGGCUGGAGCAGGAGCGGUUCGAGGUGGGC